AUGGACAUGCCCGAGACCGACGACGUCAUCUUGCUGAAGGGAUGCUAUUUGGAGGCAUACCGAUCUGAUGACAUUGCUCUCAAGUUGGAGGGCUUGCGUAUCGCAUUGAACGAACCCAGCAAUUCCUAUUUGGCCGAUACCGUCAAGGAGAUUGCGAGCGUUGCUCGUCGCCUUCGCGAAUUGGCCGACAUUGCUCAGGUGAACCGAGACUGUCUGAUAUAUGUGCUGGACCCCCUGAACAUUGUGUUACCCUGCCUGUCCAAGUCCUUGAGAGAUAUCAAGGCCUAUUAUGAUCGGUGUUCGCUGUCAAAGGAAAAUCGAUGGCGGAAUAUGUAUCACUGCAUGAAGGAUGAAGUCAAUGGCCUGUCGCUGCCAGACAGAUUCAAGAUCUAUUAUGAAUACGCUACGCUUCUACGGAAUUUUCUUAGAAGAUUAAAAGCCUCGAGCGUCGAAUACUCCGUUUACGAGAAGCCAGAGGAAUUGAUAACCCACUGGGCUGAACAUAUCUUCUCUUCCCCCUGGCCGCGGACGCCAAUGAAAAAUACGGCACAGUCUUUCGAUGGUGAUAAAGUAUCUCUUACUGUGUUCUUGAACUCUCAAGACGACUGUGCAUAUCUACUCCUCCGAAUGUUCAAAGAUGAGAAGCCUUGGUUUUCACUUCGCGGUGUCCACGAACUAUGCAUCAAGAGAUGCGGCGACUCAUUGCGAUUUCGUCGUUGGAGUAUGAAUGCCAAUAACUCCAAGAUUUGGGCCAAAUUAUGUUUCAAUGCAUGGGAAGAUAUAGUCCUCAUGUAUUGCACCUUCGUAUCCCUUAAGGCAAGGAACCUUCGCACCCUCCAAUGCGGCCCCAAGGAGCUGGCACUGGGCAAGGAGAAGGAGCUCUUCCAAUCAGAUAUAUUUGACGAUAGCUUCCACCAUUCCCUGAUCGUAUAUCAAGAUGAUGCCACGGGUGGUCUUCGACUUCACGCAGCAGUUUUGGACGGUGAACUGCGCCAAUGCCCUGUCUGGACUGCAUUUGGUAAUAUGCCCAUUGAUGGCGGUUAUUGA